CCAAAACACCACGAAGAAGAAGCAGAAGGAGGCUCCUCAGCCAGCUAGCUUCUUCUUGAUGAAACAAACAUGACGAUGUUGACACCCACCAUGUUCUCAGUGCAGCUGCACUAAAACUACAACCCGGACUACAGCCAGGGACGGUGGAUACUGUGGAUACUGUGGAUACUGUGGAUACUGUGAGUGACUCUUUGUUGUUUUGAGUUCUUGGAUCGGGACAAACACCUUUUUCACAAGUUGAGAAGUGGACCAUAACCAGUGCGAUGCCUCUGCUGUUUUUGGAGAGGUUUCCUUGGCCCAGCCUGCAGACCUACACAGCACUGAGUGUGGCUUUGCUUGCUGGCAGCAUCUUUAGUGCCUACACCACUGUGACUGAUCCAGGGUUUGGCGUCUUGGAAACCGAUGAAACGCCAGCUCCCCCUGAAGUGGAUCUUGAUCAUCUAAACAAUGAUAUUAUUAACACAGAAUUGACGACCACUGUCCUGUGGUAUAUUGCCACUGACAGUCUCUUUGUAUGGGUCUUGGUCAACACAUUCUGCUGCUUGUUGAUGUUAAUCGCUAAAAUGAUUCAGUAUGUGGUGUUUGGCCCGCUCAGAGUCAGUGAGAAGCAGCAUCUGAAAGAUAAGUUCUGGAACUUCAUCUUCUACAAGUUCAUUUUCAUCUUCGGCGUGUUGAACGUGCAGACAGUGGAGGAGGUGGUCAUGUGGUGUUUGUGGUUCUCUGCCCUGGUCUUUCUCCAUCUCAUGGUGCAGCUCUGCAAAGACCGAUUUGAAUAUCUGUCCUUCUCACCUUCCACUCCCAUGAACAGCCAUGUCCGAGUGCUUUGUCUGCUGGUCUCCCUGCUGUUGGACUGCUGUGGUCUGGCUGUGGGCUGUGGUGGUCUGCUGGGAGCUUCCCAUGGCAUGCACACCUUCUCCUUUAUGGCAGCAGAGUGUCUGCUGGUGACUGUACGCACCGGGCAUGUCAUCAUGCGAUAUUCCAUUCAUCUGUGGGAUCUGAACCAUCCAGGGACCUGGGAGAGUAAGGGAACAUAUGUCUAUUACACAGACUUCGUCAUGGAGCUGGCUAUGCUCUUCCUGGACCUCAUGCACCAUAUCCAUAUGCUGCUUUUUGGAAACAUCUGGCUGUCCAUGGCAAGCUUGGUUAUCUUCAUGCAGCUGCGGUAUCUCUUCCAUGAGGUCCAGCGCCGUGUCCGCCGACACAAGAACUACCUUCGUGUCAUCAACAACAUGGAGGCCAGAUUUGCAGUUGCUACUGCAGAGGAGCUGGCAACUAAUGAUGAUGAUUGUGCCAUCUGCUGGGAUACCAUGGUGACAGCACGCAAACUACCCUGUGGCCAUCUCUUCCACAACUCUUGUUUGCGCUCAUGGCUCGAGCAGGACACCUCGUGUCCAACAUGUCGGACCUCCCUGAACAUUAAUGGGGACAGUGGCCCGGCGAGAGGCCAGCAACAAGGCGGGGGCUUGGAAGACAACAUCGGCCCAGCUGGAGCUGCUCCAGAUGCCAGACCACAUAUCAACCAACACAAUCACUUCUUCCACUUUGAUGGUAAGUCUGUCAGACACAAAUCUAAGGAUGAAUCUGGUUGUGGAGUUACCUUACAUCAGGCAAUAAAUUAUAAAAUCUAUAUACUUACAGGAUCUCGCAUUGCCAGCUGGCUGCCCAGUUUCUCAGUGGAAGUGAUGCACACCACCAAUAUUUUGGGCAUUGCUCAGGCCAACAACUCACAGCUCAUGGCCAUGGCCCAUCAGAUCCAGGAGAUGUUCCCUCAGGUGCCCUCCUACCUGGUGAUGCAGGAUCUGCAGUUGACCCGCUCCGUGGAGGUCACCACCGACAACAUCCUGGAGGGACGCAUCCAGGUGCCUUUCCCGACACAGGCCAUAGAGCGUGGCCCUACACAGGCGAGCACUGGUGAGCAGGAAGAGUCCAGUGGAGCAGCUGAGCAGGGCCUCAGUGAGGCAGACAGCAUGGAGGCCAGAGGAGGACGCUUCUCUAAGUCAGCUGAGGAGAGGCAGAAGAUGUUAAAGCAGAGGAAAGAAGAGAUGAUCCAGCAGGCACGCAGGAGAUAUCUAAACAAUAGUCCAGAGGACCCGGAUGAGGAUUUGCCUGGACUGGAGGAGGACAUUAUUCCAGAAUUGAACUUGACUGUGCUGAGACGUAGAACCAUGGCGGCAGCUGCAGAGAGACGCAUGCAAAAUCAACAAGACCCUGCACCCUGAUACACAGAUUGGCUUCAGCAGUAGAGUCUACCAUCAUCAUAACCCCAAGAGGCACAGACAGAGCUAUUUCAACCCUGCCCCAUUUGGUGUACAGUCAGUGGUCAUCACCUAUUCAAAACAAUAAUUAAAAAGCAUUGCAAACAUGGCCUUUGGACUGUUUUGGGCUGCCUAAUUAAGGUGGAACUAUUGUGCGCGGCCUCUUCAGCACUGAUGCCAGAGUAUGCGGAGCAUUAUAUAAAUUGAUGGCUGCAAGUCAAGAAAUGCAAGGUUGCAUUGCCCUUUAUUCACGUGCCACACAUUGCAACCACCAGCUUCAGUAGGGAGUCAGUUUCUGCCAUGAUUGGGACUGGCUGUUAAAAAUGAGCAUGCUUUGCAUUCAGAAGAGUCUUUUAUGAGAGGGGUAUGAAGGUGUCAUUACUAGAUGAAAGGUAUUUGGGUCUUUUGUUUGUUUUUCCCUUUUAUCAGACUUUCUUUUCACUUGUUUUGCUGAUGGCGGAAAGCUUUGUAUUCUGGAUGGAGAAACUCAUCUGAUGUAUUUGUGUGUUAUUAUUUUAAGAGUUUCAACUGUGAAUUAAGUAUAGGCAAAAUAACAUGUUUUUAUUUCUUACCUUGGAGUAAGAGAAUGUCACUUUAGUAUUGUUCAGCCUUUCUGUCAAAUAUGAAUGUUCCUAUCAACAUAAUGCUGCAAACAAAGUGUUUUUGACCUACAUGGGUUCUGUAUUUAGUGUGUAAUAUCAUCCAUUGCAAACAGUUUUGUUAUUUAACACGGGGGGAGUGGGCAUGUAAAUGUCUUAAUUUUUCUCAAUUCCCCUUGAGAUCCAUAGGCAACAAAGGGGAUUAUAUUUUGUACAAGUAAAAUGGGUCUCAUCCUCUCAGUCUUUCUUAAAUUACCAACUGAUGACAAGCAGUUCUCUCUGAAUAAGGAAAUAUUAUUUUCUACUGAAUAUAUUAAUGAGGUCCUUGGUCUUCUGUGUACAUCAUUUGGGAAUUUUUGGCUAUGUAGAAAUCAGGUUGGUGACAGCUGUACUUGCUGGACUGUCUUUUGAAGACGUUUUUGCCACUCAUUCAAGAGGCUUCGGCGGUAGAAAUGAGCAGCAGAAAAACAUUCUGAAGACUUAACAACAAAUCCAGUUGCGUUCUUCUAGAUAUUCAAAUGAUCUGAAUGACUGAGAAUCUUUAUGAAAAAUUUUUAGGAGUGUUUUAUUUGUGCAGCUUUUGUCUACUCACAUUGAAGAGUGCUAAUUCAAAUUCAUAGUAGCGAGGAACGUAAUCAUCCUCUGCUCAAAGAUCUUAUUACAGUAAUGUACAACAUGGACUGGGCCCUUGAAACAUUUUCGGUAUUGUCAAAUUUCACAGAGUCUGUAGCUGGUUGAGACAUAUCAAUGGACACAAAGAUGGAGACUGUGUAUCAUAAGUGUUUGAUUUCUUAUUAUUACAGUGCAAGGACAGUUUGGGGUGCGAUAUGCAUGAAUUUAGACAGGUGCUUUUGUUUCCUUCCACUUUAUCCCAAAGAGCAGCCCACAAACUUCCACUAAAAGCUGAAGUGCUGUGAUCUUGUGUUUAUUUUAUUGCUCAAAUUCUGUUUUGGAGGUGUUGUAAGAAGAUACACUAUAGGAUUUGGAUCUCAGAUUUCAAUUAGUCAAAAUUUUAAAAAGAAAUUGGACAGUUUUGUUUGCAUUUUCAUUUUCCAUUCAGUUAUUUAACAACUCUUAAUAUCCAUGAUAUAUUUUCCUAUUCAUGGGUUAUCGUUCAUAACUGUUGCUUUAUUUAAUCAAAACUGAAAAUACUUUUUUUGGACUGAGCUUUCCUGUAUUUUUGUGCCUAAAUCAAGAAUGGUUCAGUUAUGGAUAAUUUCUGUAUAGUUUUUGUAAAAUAUGUUAAUACAAAAGACUCAAUAAACGGAGCUUCUACAGCUUUUUAACAAAA